AUUGUAUGAUGUUGUCAAUGGUUGUUGUGAUGGUGUCAAUGGAUAAAAUUUAAGAAAAUCAUAUUGUUACAAUGGAUUACGAAUUUCCCACAGAUUUUGAUAUAGUAAUAGUGGGAACAGGAAUAAUAGAAUCUAUAAUAUCGGCGGCUGCAAGUCGUGUAGGAAAACGAGUGUUACAUGUUGAUGAAAAGGAAUAUUAUGGUGGGCACUGGGCUUCUUUCAGCUUAGAAGCUAUUUUGGAAUUAAAGAAGUCCAAAGAAUAUCCAGUUGCUAAUGUGGAAAAUCCAGACUUAUGUUUGUUUGGAAACCAGACAUACGAUCUUAAGAAUGUUGAUUACAAAUUCCAUGUGAUACCAAAAGAAAACACCCAGUUGGAGAAACAAGAAGAUAGUGAAAAUCAAGAAAACAUCCAGUUGGAGAAACAAGAAGAUAGUGAAAAUCAAGAACAAGUGACUGAAUGUAAAGAUAAUGACGAAAAUGAACAAGUAAUAGAAAAAGAAAAACCUGAUACAGAUGUUUGGGACAAGGGGGCUUUAUUAAAAUUAUCCAGAAAAUUCAAUAUUGAUCUUACACCAAAACUUCAGUAUGCUAGAGGUCAUUUUGUAGAAUUAUUAAUAUCAUCAAAUAUAGCAAGGUAUUCAGAAUAUAGAAGUGUUAGUAGAAUACUCACAUGGUAUAAUAAAAAAUUGGACUUCUUACCUUGCUCACGUUCUGAUGUUUUUGCAAACAGUAAAGUAUCUGUGGUAGAAAAAAGAAUGUUAAUGAAGGUUUUAACGGCUUUAAAUACUGUAGAUAAACUGAAUGAGUAUGAAAACAAAACAUUCAAACAAUAUCUUACAGAUCAAAAACUAACUCCGAAUUUGAUUCAUUACCUACUUUAUGGUAUUUCAAUGAGCUCUGAUGAUACGCCAUGUGAUGUAGGUGUUGUAAAUGUGAAAAGAUUUUUAGAUAGUUUAGGACGUUUUGGGCACACUCCGUUUUUAUACUCAAUGUAUGGUAGUGGAGAAAUACCUCAAGCUUUUUGUAGACUGAGUGCUGUGUUUGGUGGCGUGUUUGCUCUAGGACAAAAUAUACAAGGUUUUACUGUGUCUGAUAAUAAAUUUAAAUCAAUAACAGUUAGGUCUCAAAACAUUCAAGCAGAGCAUCUUGUCAUGAGUAUAGAAAAAGUACCAAAACAGUUUCUUAAAUCAAACACUCAACAGUAUAUUUCCAGAUGUGUGUUAAUAACUGAUAAAUCCAUAUUAGAUAGUGAAAAAGAACACUUGACUCUAGCAUUUUAUCCUCCAGAAAAUGGAAAACCGUUUGUGAAGAUAAUUGAGCUAGGAUGUCUCACAGGUACUUGUCUAAAACCUUUAUAUCUAGUGCAUUUAUUAGCCAAACAAGGCACGACUCCACAAGAAGAUUUCAGCAGUGUUAUAGAUAGCUUGUUUGGUCAAAAUGAAGAAACAAACAUGGAAAAUGAAAAUGAGCAAAAGCCUUCAAUUCUUUGGUCUAUGUACUUUUCGCUGCCAGAUACAAAUGAUGGAGAUUUAACAGAAGGUCUUCCUGAGAAUGUGUUUGUAUGUCCUGGUCCUGAUGCAGACUUGGAUUAUGAUUAUUCAGUGAAAAAAGCAGAAGAGAUGUUUAGGCAAAUAUAUGCAGAUUUAGAUUUUCUUCCUAGAGCUCCAGAUCCAGAAGAAAUAGUGAUUGGUGAAGAAGAAGGCCAAGAAGAAACAGCUGAAGGUGAUGCUGCUAGUCCAUAGAUAACUAAUACAACUAUAGAUUUUUUAGAAUGGACUAUAGGGGCAGAAUGUUUAGUUAAACGAACAAAUACUGUGGCUAUGAUAUUUAAAAUACAAUUAUAUUAUUUUAAAUAUUAUUGCCAAAUUGUGUAGUAAAGUUUCAUUCUUUAGCAAGAAACUUUACCACGCAAGCGUCAUUAUUAGAAAAGUUUGAUAUCAUCUGCACCUUUCAGUGAUCCCAAUUUUUACUUAUUUAUUUAGUUAUACAGAGUGAGUUUUAUGUAUGGAACGCCUCAAUGAUCUCAGAAAUAGCUUUCACAAUCUUUAUAGAUUUUAGUGGGUAAGGGUUUUGUGAUGUGGCCGAUAUUAUGGUGGUAUCUGCAUUGUUACCAGAUCUUCUAUUUUUUCUGGAAAUCUAAUGAGUUUUCUUGUUUCAAAUGGGACACCUUGUAUUUGUUUUAAAUUAGUAAGUACCUACUAACUCAAAAACGAUCAACUUUAGAAAAAAAAUACAAAAUUAUAUAAAGAACGUAAAGUAAUGUCUGCCCGGGCUGAAAAAAAUUGAUUUCUAUAACUUGUUCAAAUUUUUUUUAAGUAAAUUUAGUAAUAACUCAGAAAUGACGGCAUUUAGGGUAUAGGGAAUAUUACAUGAAAAAUAAUCAGUAUAUCUUAAGGACUUCAAAACGCAAAAAAUAUAUAGGGUGACAACAAUGUAAAUACCACUAUAAGAUCGGCCGCAUUAGAAGACCCACCAAAAUCUAUAAAAAUGGAGAAAGCCGUUUCUGAGAUAAUUGAGAAGUUUGCUGAAAUUCUGUAACAUUAUGUUUAAGUUUAAUUAUUCUCACAGUAGUUGUAUAGGUAAAACAUAAGUAUAAAUUCAUAUUCUUCAUGUUCUAAUAUAUUCUCCACCCAGUUUUACCAUUGUUAACACUACCAUAUCCAAAUUUAUCUAUUUAUUUCAUAAAUAAAAAACUUUCAUGCUGUUCUAGUCUUAAAAUUUGAAAUGUGCAUUUUAAUAGGUUUUUCGUGGAUGCUUCCAUAAUAUACCAAUUUUUAUAAUAUUAAAAUUGAAUAUAGUUUAUCUAAAAAGCUAAUUAGGGUAAGGAAAAGUAUGCUGGUGAUAAAAAUGAAAAAUACUAAUAAUAUAGGAAUUUGACAACUAAGCAAGAAAUAAGUUUUGCUUUAUUAUGUUAUUUAUUAUUUGGAGUAAAUGUUUAGAAGAGUUAAUUUAACAAAAAAUGAAUAAUAAUGAUAGUAAAUGUCAAAUUGACAUAUAAACUUAUGUUAGCUAAGUUGGUGACACAGUAAGGUAUAUUGGUGAUAGUGGUUAGAACAUUAAGGGCCGGUUGUUCGAACGCUAAUCAAGAAUGAUCACUAUCAAAUAUUUAAUUACUGUCACCAAAACUGUCAAUGUCAACUUUUAUUGGGUUGCUGAAAACAUAAUUGAUUAAAAUUAUGAGAUUAGUUAAUCAAUUAACAUAACAAUUAUUAACAUAAUUGAUUAAGUAAUUUCAUAUUAUGUUUUCACCAACCCAAACAAAGUUGACAUUGACAGUUGGUGAGAGUAAUUAAAUAUUUGAUAAUGAUCAUUGCUGAUUAGCUUUCGAACAACCGGCCCUAAGGGCCGGUUGUUCGAACGCUAAUCAACAAUGAUCACUAUCAAAUAUUUAAUUACUGUCACCAAAACUGUCAAUGUCAACUUUUAUUGGGUUGCUGAAAACAUAAUUGAUUAAAAUUAUGAGAUUAGUUAAUCAAUUAACAUAACAAUUAUUAACAUAAUUGAUUAAGUAAUUUCAUAUUAUGUUUUCAGGAACCCAAACAAAGUUGACAUUGACAGUUGGUGACAGUAAUUAAAUAUUUGAUAAUGAUCAUUGUUGAUUAGCUUUCGAACAACCGGCCCUUAGUGAAACAACCACAAUUUAAGGAAUUUAACUUACCUUGGCUAAACCACGAAUUCAAUGCAGCUUUUUUAUUGAUAAUUAGUUUAUUGAAUGGUUUUAUAAAGAAAACAGCAAUUAUUCCAAUAAAUGUGUAACCAUCUCUCACGUGCAAUAAGAAAUGGCUUAAUUGUUGACUGUCGCACAACGCAACAGUCAAAACAGUAUGUUUACUAAAAGCAGGUGCGCGCAUUGCGAAAUCGUAAUAUAUGUAUGUCCUGCUUACACUCGUAACAACUUACUAGCGCUGUGUCAUGAAUGUGCUUGCAUAGGGAACUGUGUGGUAAUCUGAUUAAAAAUUAUCACCAAAUUACUUGUAUCACCAAUAUACCUUUCAUUACCUAUAGCCCUUAUUUUUUAUUAUUUAAAAAGUUUGUUAGUUACUCAGUCACUAUAAUUUUUAAACAAUGUUUACUGUCUUCAAAGCUGUUCCUUUCUUUCUUGAAAUAUACAUAUUUGUUAUUAA